AUGGCCCAGGGCGACCGGAGAUGGCCCCGGGCCCUGGCCAAGGCGCUCCCUAAAGGAGAGGGAGGCGGCGGCUGGAACGGGCCUGGGAGGGGGGCGGGUAAAGGAGGUGGUCAGCGCGCGGGAGGAAGGUCCCAGGCGGGAGCGGCAAGGACAGCUGUCCAGGUGGCGAGGGCCAGCCCCGGCCUCGCCUCGCGCUGCGCCCGCCAGGCCCUCGAAGUGCCCCGCGCCUUCGCAGCCUACAGCAGCUCCGAGCCGCGGGUGGAGUGGGAGGGAGGAGGCUGGGCGAGCGCCCCGCCCUCACCGCCCGCGGUCACAGGGGCAAUUACACUCCUCGCUGCAGACGGUUACCAGCUCGCCCGCGCAUCCGUCUCCCGGCUCCCCUCCCUCCUACGCGGAACUGCUAGCUCCAUCUUAGCGAGGGCGCAGGGAAGCGCGGCCGAGGCCAGCUGCCUCUGGGGACCUCCCGAGGCUCCGCGCACGCUGCGCGCCGCCCUCAGAUGGCCAAGACCCGCCCCCCGCAGUGCGUCCCCGAGAUCUAGAGCCUGGGCAGGGACUUUCGCAGUCGCGAAAGGCCAACGGGACCCUUCUCCACACGCUGCACGACCGGGACAGCCGCGCUUUGCCCUGCAAUCCUGCCCUCGGCCAACGCAACUACCCCCGCGGCCCCCAGGCCAGGAGCUCGCAUUUUCCAGGUUUAUGCUAUUCCGGAAAGUGUCUUUGAAGCUGUGAAUGAAAACCCAGGCUGUGGAUUAAGGGCUUCAUUUUCAACUAGCUUCGUGAUUUGAGGCGAGGUUCUUAACCUGUUUAUCUGCAGAAUGAGAGAGAUGAUGCACGCGUAAGUGUGGCUGCACGAUUUGAGAAGAUGCAUGCACGAAUACGUGAAAUGCUUGGCACAAUGUCCUGGUGGUUAGCGUUAUUCUUACCACAUGGCCAGACCUGUGGCUACACAACAAGUGAGAUGGCUGGUUUCCCACCAGAGGUACCCCAUGCAGUUCUGGUACACACCUCACAAGACCACAGGCGCUCAAGCCACUGGCUAGGCCUGGAGGGAGGACAGAGGAGGCGAGGGGCAAUCAACCCGGCGAAUCCUUCAGCCUUCCGCGUUUGCAAAUGAAUAGGGCUCUGUCUGCGGCUUCCGCCAUUCCAACGCCUGGUCUGCAACGCCUAAGGCUUAAACCUGGCGCUGCGGUAAAUUUAGCCCGAAGGCAGUGCCUCCUGAGGGGCAGGGAUGUCUCCUUGGAGGAAGGAAAGGGAACAGGGUUUUUUAAAGAAGAGAGAGAGUUGCCUCUAGGAAGAGACAUGGGGAGAGGAAACAUUCAGGCUGCUCGCGGACUACUGACAAAAAGAAAUCGGACGCAAAAGAAGCCUCCCCAGAAAUUGGGCCACCGUGGGAGCUGUGCAAGACAGACUUCCCAUCUGGGAAGGGCUGCCAACGGGUAAUUGGGUUUGCUCGAGUUGCCUCUAUAAUUAAUAAGUGAUUUGACUUGGAGAUUGGAAAUAGUCAUUGAAAGGAAGCCGCGGGCGUAGGGGUGUGAGGCCCGGGAGCCUCCCUCCCAAAUCCAACGACAGUGGAGGAGGACGGUGUCAGGAACACGACCAAUGUGAUAAUAUUGGCAUCUAACCUUCUCGUGUUUGAGUAAUUCGUUGCUUAGCUACUUUGGAUAGGCCAUUAUUUUGCAAACUGGAAACAUUUGCAAGUGGUGAUAUUUUGUUCCUGCCUGACGCAGGGGCUGCAAACCUACCCCGGCUCUG